ACGCCAAGAGCCUGGUGGCCAUCCUGCAUCUGCUGGUUGCUCUGUCCCAGUAUUUCCGGGCACCAAUCCGUCUCCCAGACCACGUUUCCAUUCAAGUGGUUGUGGUCCAGAAACGAGAAGGGAUCCUCCAGUCCCGGCAAAUCCAAGAGGAAAUGACUGGAAACACAGAGGCACUUUCUGGAAGGCAUGAGCGAGAUGCCUUCGACACAUUGUUCGACCACGCACCAGACAAACUCAACGUGGUGAAAAAGACACUCAUCACGUUCGUCAACAAGCACCUGAAUAAGCUGAACCUGGAAGUCACAGAGCUGGAAACCCAGUUUGCAGAUGGCGUGUACCUGGUGCUGCUGAUGGGGCUCCUGGAGGGCUACUUUGUGCCUCUGCACAGCUUCUUCCUGACCCCAGACAGCUUCGAACAGAAGGUGCUGAAUGUCUCCUUUGCCUUUGAGCUCAUGCAAGACGGAGGCCUGGAAAAGCCAAAACCCCGGCCAGAAGACAUCGUCAACUGUGACCUGAAAUCCACGCUGCGGGUGUUGUACAACCUCUUCACCAAGUACCGGAAUGUGGAGUGAGGGACCCCCGGGGGCUCCCCUCGGCCCGGGAGCUCUAGCUGCAGGCAGACCAAACCGCCUCCAUACUGCCUUCACCUGCUUCUGCCUGACUCCUGCUCAGCACUGUCCCACAUGGCCAGCUCCCCCAGCGAUGCUGGGGAUCUGAGUGGGCUGCCCAGACCUCCUGUAGCCUGCGCAGUGACCCCCUCCUUGGGGCCAGGUUCAGAUCCCCUCACUAUAGUUUGGAGAACCAGUUUAAGCAAAAGAUAAGAUGCGAUAAGAUGAAAAUAAAGGCAAUAAAGCCAA